AUGAGUGACAGAGGAGGACAGUCUUUCUUCUUUGUCUCUCUCCCAGAGCUGAGGAGGUUGGUCUGUGUGUCUCUGUCUUUGCAGGAAGAGGGAGGAGAGGCCAGGAGCACACAGAUAAAGACCUGCAGAGAACUGGUGUUGCUGUAUGCAGACGUAUUAGCCUCUCCUGCUCUGGACUCAUUCACUGAGAUCACACUGGUCAUGGCUAUCCCAUUUUACAAGAAAGGCAUAAUCCAAGCUUACGGACAAAGAAACCAUCUACAGUUGGGCUGUCCACAGUGUGUGUUACCAGGAAAAGACUUUCUAUCUGAGACUACAAGGCUCAGCGCUGUCAGUAUGGAGCUGAGCACCAGUGAAAACCAGUUGUGCAUGAGUGUUGAAGCCAGCACUGUCAGACUGCCACUGGCCCGAUUGGAAGACUUUGACAUCGCUCCCAUGGUUUUGAAGAACUUCUUCAGUCACCGAGACGCUGUCCUCCAGUCUGUCUCCCUUGGAACAAAUAAGUGGUGCUUUGUGUUGCCCAGCAUGAAAAGAGGUCAGGUUAUCAGUUUCAGUCGACAGUUGCCCAAUGACGGACCGUUCAGAACCUACACUGACCUGAAAAACCACUGGGACAGCCUGUAUGGCUACAGACUCCCAGAGCUAGCUGAGGAGGAGGAAGUGUACUGUAGUGUUUACUUCAAACUUGUGGGAGAGAGACUCUUCACAUACCCCUUGAGUUGCAUCAGGCUGCAGCCGGUACAACGCUGUACCAGGCUGGACCUGCAAGGAGCGCUGGGCUCCUUCAUAUCGGACGCCAGGGGGCUACUGCAGAGUGUGUGUGGAUUCCCUGUGCGCAUGACCAGCAAACCCUGUUGUCAUACAUCUGGUCUCACCAGCACUGCAUCAGAACAGGUGUUUGGUGGCAAACCAACAAACCUGACCUCCAGCUGCUCCAGCCAGCUGGCUCUUACCCAGCUCCCGGCCUCUGCUUUCCAAUUGGCGAAGCCUUCAUUUUGCUCCCAGCAGCCUGGAGGUCAGAGCUGUGUGGAGAGACAGGUCGGGGGAGGAGACAGAGAGGUGUCUUCAUCCACAACCUCAGGCACAUCCACCUACUCUCUUUCCUCUUCCAACUGUGAUCCUGGGCUCAUCCCAGCAAAACCAGUCCCCAAACUGGUUCCCAUUUUCAGGAACAAGUCUCUGCCAUGCCACGUCGACAUCACCCAGCUCCAGUCUCAGAGACAGCAGGAGCAGAGGAGUGGAGGAACAGAGGAGGGAGGGAGAGUCACACUACCCGCCUUUGGAAAUAAAAGACCCCAACGUUCUUCUCCCUCCGCUUCAUCUUCUUCAUCCUCCUCAUUCAAGUUGUCUCAGAGGCCUCCCUCACGCAUUGUCCCUUGCUUCACCCGCCGCUCAAAAUCCUGCAGGAGCCACCCCCCUCACCCAAACCCCCUCCAUAGCCGCAGCCCUUGCUCCAAACCUGAAUCAAGCCUCAGCCUUCAUCCAAAGCCCUCCCCGGACCCUAAGCCCACACCGGAAACCCACCCUAACCCCACAUCCACCCCCACAGACAAAUUGCCACAGGACAAGGGGGGUCAACAACCAACACAUCAGCCUCCGCAACCCCUGACACCCUCUGACAUCCCCAACAGUCAAGAGGGAGAACCAGUUCAGGAGACGGUGAAGAGACGCAGGUCUGCAGUGCAGCAGGUGAAUGUGGAGGCGAUGGCCAGAAGCAAUCAGCUGGCCAAGGUGAAUUCUGCAACCCUAUUGGUCUGGCUGAAAGGAAGAGGCGUGGCUAUACGUGCCAAUGACAGGAAGGACGUAUUGAUGUUAAAAGUCAUGAGCUGUCUGGCUGAGGCCUAA